CCUCAAUAACACCACCGGAAACAUCAAACUAUAAAAAAAUACAUAUAGGUAAAAUAAGUAUGCACUGACUUUCUUACAAAGUUCAAAGUGGUUUUUUUUCCUACAAAUAAGCAUUGCUCUGUUUUACACUCUCUUCUGGGAAAAGAACCUAAUUCAGCAAUACAGAAGAUGGUUAAAAUGAAGUCCAAAUUGGCACUGACGAUCAUCAUAAUCCAUUUUUAUAUCCUGGUAUCAUCAAUUCAAGCAGAUGAUCGUCACGCUGUUGUGUUCGCUGCACCAGGGUCUCAUGUUGUGCUGCCUAUGGAGGUGACACUGAGAAGAAACGAGUCUGACUCGGGGAACUGUGACACAUUUUACUGGAAACAUGAAACUCAUUCAGGGAUUAAAAUGAGAACUCUGAGUAACAUGAACAAUGAAAUGCUUCACUAUCAGAAAAAUCUCCACACUACGAAUCAUAGAAUGAACUAUAACAUCUCUCAGAACGGCAGCCUAGAAAUAAAUGCUGUAAACAGGAGAAAUGAUGGCAAAUACACAGUAAAGGUUUUCAAACCAGAUUUCACAAAAAUAUAUGAGAAGGAAUUUAUCCUUCAUAUAACAGGAGGCUCUGAUGAAACAACGAUAUUCACCACUAAGGGAUCACAUAUUCUGCUGCCAGUGGAGUCAACAGUGAGGAGAAAUAAUUCAUUAUGGAGAACGUGUGAUCUGGUCCUCUGGAUCUAUGAUGACGUUUCCUAUUCAUAUCAUGCAAUACUGAGGGACAAUUAUUGUCACACUUCUUACUUUUCUGGCUAUAAUGAUCUUUAUUAUUAUCCAUUUCUUAACUUUGUAGCCUAUGACAUUUCACUGAAUGGAAGCCUAGAGUUACAUCAUGUGACUUCUAACUAUGCUGGGAGAUAUACUGUAGAGGUGUAUGAUUCAUAUGGAGACCCAAUGUACAGACAUAUGUUUGUCAUUUGCAUACAGGGUAAGAAAUGAUUUAAC